AACAAAACAAACAACACAUUAAUGAUAAUGUUGUUGAUAUUGUUGUUAAAGUUGUCGCUAUUGUCGAGGAAAUGAUAGUCGCAUCUGUUGUGGGGAACGACUACUACUACUACUACUACUCCAACAACACUGUCGACCACCAUAUCAUUAGCAGCCAAGUGUUACAUACAGUUAGAUAAAGAUAGAGAAGCUAUCUAUUAAUCUCCCGUCACCUCAACAUUAAACUUAUAUAUAUUUAUAUAUACCUUAUCUAUCUCUUAUACUUAUAACAAAUUAUACCCCGAAAAAAAUAUAUAUAUACUUAAAAGUCGACGACCACUACUACUACUACUACUACUACUACCGGUAGAGUAGAGUUAGAUAUAAGGCCAACAACCAAAAAAAACCCUAUCGUGUCGUACCCCCAGAUGAUUAACUAAAUAAUUAAAAACUAAACUAAACGCUUGACUGGACUGUUCAUCAUCAGCACCUAUACCUUUCAUAGAGAGGGUAGUAUAAUCUCACAACAACUGUUUAGUGUCUCAAUUGGCUUCAACUAAACUAAAUAAGUGUAGUCAUCAUCAACAACAACAACAAAUAAUCUGGUGGUCAUUCACCCCAUCCCCACCCACACCGUCAACCCACAACUACCGGAGCCCCCUCCUAUCUCAUCGGGUGGAGGGGAGGGGUAGAAGCUAAAUGGAGCUAAAAGUUUGGUGCGACGGUAUUCAGCGGGUAGUAUGCGGUGUCUCCCAGCAGACCACCUGCCAGGAAGUGGUGUUUGCAUUGGCACACGCCUCCGGCCAGACGGGCCGGUUCGUACUGAUUGAACGUUUUCGCAAUCAAAACGAACGACUACUGGCACCUACUGAACAUCCGGUUCUCGUACUAAGCAAAUGGGGUGACUAUUCAUCGGAUGUCCAGUUUGUUAUGCGUAGAAGCGGUGGCGGCCUAUCGGAUGGCCUACAGAAGCUCAACAACGGCAACGGCCAGCCAUUGACUGUUAGUUCGCCAACUGUUAUGUUUCCGACGGCGACGACCACCGGUAGACGGACUGGAAGCCCGACGACUCUAAACCUAUUCAAUGGUAAUUCAAUGCACCGAAAGUCGUCAUCGUCUGGUCAUCGAUUAGGCAAUGCUGCUGCUGUCGGCGGCACCGAUUCAUCGACAGCGAGAUCAGUAUCAUCAUCAGCAGUAGCUACCAGUGCCAACACAACAAGGAAUGGUGGCAUAAUUACCAACAACAACAGCCCAACAGUUAAUGGCAAUGUCAUUAACAACAACAACAACAAUAACAGCACCUCCACCCACGCCCACCAUCAUCAUCAACAUAUCAAUAGCACAGCCAUAAACAACAAUACAAACACCAGCGCAACAACACUGACACAGAAUACUAGUGCCAUAAAGUCGUCGUCGUYGUUGUCGUCGACGCCCAACCAUACCAUCCAUACGACCCAAACAAAUAUCAAUACUACUACUACUACUACUAACUCAAACACGUCUAGUCUAAGUCAUCAUACCAUACCAUCAAACCAUAAUAAUAAUAAUAGUAUUAGUAAUACUAAUCUAAUUAACAAUAAUAUUAAUAAUAACAUCAAUAAUAAUAAUAAUAAUAAUGAAAUAUUAGCCGAUAAUCAAUUGAUAUACGAUUCGUUGACCACCGGUUCUAAUCAUCGGCCCAGACGUCCGCCGCCCUAUUGCGAAGCUAUUAACAAGUCGGCACUGGUAUCGUCGUCGGCGGGUGGCACCGGUAGCCCAGUAAACACUAGUCAAACAACAACUUCAUUGUCAAACAACCACAACCACAACACCAACAACAACGGUAACAAUCAUUUAGUUCACGUAGACUACGACUCGUCUCCGUCGUCUCCAUCGCCCGUCGAUGACGACGACGACGACGACGAAAGGAUAGAUCUACCGAUUAUUAUGAGGACAACUACUAGUAAUGGUGGCGGCGGUGGUGGUGGUGGUGGUGCCGGCAGUUUUAGUUCAGGUAAACGUCGAUCGAAAGAACCGUCGGCACAGUCACAGAGCAAACUGAAGACAGGAGUGAUGACUGGCGGCGGAGGCCGGCCGUCGUCGAUGAUUAUCGGCGGUGGCGGCGGCAGUCAUAAGGAUCUACUGUUGCAUAGAGACGCCCAACGAUUGGUCGAAAUGCAAAGACAGACAAUGCGGGCACAGGAACAGGAGAUGUCAGCCAUUGAACAACACAUCGAAACCAUUGAAAAGAAACUAAUGGACAACGAGUCGGCCAUCAAAGUCUACAAACAGGAAAUGGAUUGUCUGCAGCAGCUAUGGCUGGAUCAGGAAUCCAUGAUUGAACAGUUCAGUCAACAAUCGAUGGACAGGGAACUGGAUGAACUAGUUGAUAGGGCACAGGCCUACGAAGAUGAUAUGCGUCAGGUUAAGCAUAAGCUAAGUACAUGCGAAACCCAGAUCGGCGACUGCCGGCAACAGAUCAACCGAUUGAUGGAUCAGUUGGACGACUAUGAACUCAAGAGACAGCUGAACGGCGAACUGGUAGCUCAGGAAGCGGCCGACAGACAGCGAUUAGCUGUCGAUCAGCUUAUGGAGGCUAUCGAUGACAAGUCUAGCGAUUAUGAGACACAGAAAACUGAAUUACAAACACUUACACAAAAUAUCGACGAAUUGGACAGUCAACUGACCGACCGUAACGCCGAAGCCGAACGCCUACUAAACGAUCUCAAAGAGGCUAACCUACUGGGACUGACACUACAGUCAUCGUCAGGCGAUGCCGACCUGCUGUCGCACUAUCAGUCUGGCGGCUGUCCGGGCAGUACUAAUAGCCGACAACCAAACCAACAAAUGUUUCACCACAGCCGAUCGGGUAGUACACGCAGGAUGAUCGGGUCGCCCAGGGAGCUAGAAAAUGCAGUGGCCACCAAUAAAAACCCGCACGGGGUAUGGGUUUAAAAACCCCGGCACACACCCACACACACUUGCACACACCUACAUACAC